AUGUCAACUUAGUAUAGAAUACCAUCUAACGAUAAUUAUAUUAGAGACUUAGAAAACAUUUCUCAAAGGUAAUAUUGAAUCUAUAGUGAAAAGAGAACGUCAUGGAUUGUUUAAUCAGCCUCCUCCUUUAUUAUUAGGUGAUUAAUAUAACGACGCAUUAAAAAGUAAACAAUUACUUAUAUAAAUUUAGGUUAAGGCAAAGAGAAAGGUAUAUUGGUCAAUAAAAAAUUAUAAAAAAAGCAUGAACCUACAUUAUUUUUGGAGCCUGGAUAUACAACAUUAAAUGAUCCUUACAAAGAUUAAUUUAAAGCCAAAUAAAUUUAUGAUAAAGAAAGAGAAUUAGCAAUUAAAAACCCAAAUUGUUUCAAGCCCAAUGAUCACAUUAAAUCAAUGUAAAUUUAUUCAAUCAUACUCAAAGUAAACAUUCUGAAUUCGAACACAUGAAAGAAUUUAAUGAUAAAGUAUAUAAUACAAGAACUCCAAAAGGAGAUGUUAGAACUUAAGCUAGAAAUUUCUUAACUAAUCCUGCCAAAAAAGGAUUAGGCAGAACAACCACCAAUAAUUUAUUUGGAUAAAUUGAAUAUAUACCUGAUCCAUACGAUAGACAAGAAGAAUUAGAUAGAUAGGAGAGGAUUAAGCACAAGAGCAAGUUUUUACCUGGAACAACUAGAUUUAUUACAACAAGUCAUGGUUAUCGACCAUUUACUGCUGAUGGAAUAUUACUUGAUGGAGCAGGAUAUUUAUCUUGUAAUACUUUAUUCUAAUUAAUAAUUAGAAAAAAAAAGACCUCUAUACAAAGGUGCUCCUUUUAGACCUGCUAAUUAAAAUAAAAAAGGAUUUUAAGGGACAUUUGAAGUGCUUUAAUAUAUGGAAGAAGGUGUUCCAGAUCCUAAAACUAAAUAAAAUACCUUUUAAAAAUUAAGUGCAACAUAAACUUUUGAAAAUCCUUGGAGACCAAAUUCAAAUGGAACUUUUGCACGUCCAUGUCCUAGUGUUUCUUAGCAAAUAAGACAUAGAAGUGUAGGAUCAAAUUAAAAAUAGUGA